GAAUACAGACACGAAUAGAAACUAAGGUGACGACUUCUCAGUUUUGUGUAAUCAGUGAAACCGAUGGCUUAGGUGCAGCAGGGUCACGUGGUGGCGGUGACACACCUGCGCAGGGCCUAUAGCGGCGACAGAUGCACGAGCAGCACAGGUAGAGCAGAGCACAAGGUUCCACGCAGCAAAGGCAAUAGGGCGCAUGUAUAUGUGUGCACACACACCCGUUGGAUAGCCCUGGCCCUCGGCAGUCAUGAAUCGAGAAGAGCACUACUAUUCCCCCGCGCAGCUGUUCAAAGACCCCUGCCCCUACCAGAGACCCCACAGCGAGGACUUCAGCCACAGCCCUCCGCCCUGCCUCUAUAUGGGCCGGCAGGCUCAGUCCGUCUAUUCCUCGCCUUCCAUCGGAGGGCUAGACCAGGCAAGUCUCCCUGAUAUUGCUCCGUACAGUAUGCCCAUGCGAGAGGACCCAGGUGUGCCGCAGCUCCACCACCCCCAGGCGCCCCAGCAGACUAUCCAACCGGGGGGUUACGGAGACCCGGGGGAGCUGGCUCUGUGUGCCGAUAGGAACAGAUACCACCUGCCUUUCCCCUGGAUGAAAAGCACCAAGUCUCACGUGCAAACCUGGAAGGGACAGUGGGCAGGCCACUACAUGGAGGCAGAGGAGAACAAGCGGACAAGGACUGCCUACACGCGAGCCCAGCUCCUGGAGCUGGAGAAGGAGUUCCUGUUCAACAAGUACAUCAGCAGGCCGCGGCGUGUCGAGCUGGCCCUCACCCUCAGCCUCACAGAGAGACACAUCAAGAUCUGGUUCCAGAACCGACGGAUGAAGUGGAAGAAGGAGGAGGACAAGAAGAGAGUGAGGGGGGUCGACCCCGAGCAGGACUCGUCCAUUACGUCAGGGGACCUGAAGGAUGAGGCUGGGCUGGGGGUCGGAGGGGCUGGGAUGGGGGUCGGGGGGGCAGGGGUGGGGGUGGGGGUUGCAUUGGCUGGGGCUCCCACACCGGCACCUCUCACCACUACCACCACACCCCCCUCACCCCUACACUCCCACUCCCACUCCCUGUCAGGUUCGAGAGACUCGGCUUAGCAGGGCUGAUAUGGGUGAAAAUUGGGCAGACACUGAGGAAAAGGAAGGCACUUUUCAAACAGACUCCGCUGGCAUCAUUCAUGUUCAUUGUCGGCCGUGAAAGAUUGAAGAGAUGUGAAGGGAGAGGACUGCAGGGACAUUGUCUGUGAUGUCAUCAUUCUGCGACUGAACUGACCUCAUGUUGGUGUUGAGGACCUGAGGGGCAUGCACUGAUGAUGACACUUUGCAUUGGACAUACAUAUAGACCCACUUUAUACUAUUGCUCUGAAUCCCUGGGCAGUAGCACCAGCAGCUUGGAGAGACCGUGGUGAUACAGACCACACAACUCUGGUGAGAGCUACUUUUAAAGCAAGCUUAGUGCUUUAAAACCAAUGCACUUCAGAUUUCAAACUUUUCUCUGAACAUUUUGGCAGUAUAAUGUAUGCAGUUUACGCACAGUACAUGGUUCUGCUGUCAAUAUUAACAAUACUGAUGCAUUUUCUGAUAAAUUGUUAUAUGACAAAAAUGAGUCACUCAUACCAGUUAUAUAGCCUUUACAUAUGUGUUAUAUAGCCUUUACAUAUGUGUUAUAUAGCCUUUACAUAUGUGUUAUAUAGCCUUUACAUAUGUGUUAUAUAGACUUUACAUAUGUGUUAUAUAGCCUUUACAUAUGUGUUAUAUAGACUUUACAUAUGUGUUAUAUAGACUUUACAUAUGUGUUAUAUAGCCUUUACAUAUGUGUUAUAUAGCCUUUACAUAUGUUAUCAUAUUGUUAUGUCUAAAUGAUAGGCACUGUGAAGAAUGUACUAUAUUUUGAAAUCUUUAUUAAUUAAGCUAUCAUCUCAGACUUAUCAAAUUAAAGUGCAUAUUUGAAAUCAGAAUAAAAUCAAUGAAACAUC